AAUGGAGUCAUUAUGGAAAACUUUUCCGUGUGGUCCACACAUACAUUUCCGUGUGGUUCCCGCACCCACCCCGUCUUUCUUUUUUAUUAUUUUGGCUGCAGCAAUCAAAGUUCAUGACCGGUUUGAAGUCUAAGCUUUUGACAUGCAACUUUGCAGUGCAUCCAGGAUAAUCACGCCCUCCUUCUUCGGUUUCUCUUUAUUGAUUGAUGGACUAUGUCCAUACAUUAAUUAGUCGAGAAGAAAGACGAACAAGAAGAAAGAGGGGAAGGACACGCAGGGCGGCUUAUGUUUGGAAUAUGGAGAAGCAGUCCGUUUCUAGCGCUUCCACUAACGGGAGAAGGAGAAACGAAUUCCUUGAUAUGAUCAGGAGUGCUGCUUGUCUUCGUAAUUCUUCAUCAUCAUCUGACACUGGGAAAGGGCGGAGCAAGUCAUCGAGUAACAGAGUCUCACAUGGAUUCCACCUGGUGGAAGGGAAAUCAGGUCAUGACAUGGAGGACUACCACGUUGCGGAGUACAAGAACAAAAAGAAUCACGAGCUUGGAUUGUUCGCCAUCUUCGAUGGGCACCUUGGAGAUUGUGUGCCAAGUUAUGUGAAAGAUAACCUUUUUAACAACAUAAUUGAGGAGCCAAAUUUUUGGAAAAACACAGAGAUAGCAAUAAAGAAUGCUUACCGCUCUACAGACAAAUUCAUUCUUGAACACUCAACUCGGUUGGGGCCUGGUGGUUCAACAGCAGUCACUGCAAUUGUUAUUGAUGGUAAAGACUUGUGGGUGGCAAACAUUGGGGACUCCAGGGCUGUCUUGUGUGAAAGGGGCUGUGCACAUCAGCUCACUGUGGAUCAUGAACCACACAGUGAACGGAGAAGGAUUGAGAAGCAGGGUGGUUUUGUGACUACUCUUCCUGGAGAUGUGCCCAGGGUUAAUGGCCAACUUGCAGUUGCACGGGCAUUUGGGGAUCAAAGCCUUAAGGCCCAUUUGAGCUCAGAGCCUGAUGUAAAACAUGUGAAUAUUGAUUCAACUAUACAGUUUGUUAUAUUGGCAAGCGACGGCUUAUGGAAGGUCAUGAAGAACCAAGAGGCUGUUGAUUUGGUAAAAUCUGUUAAAGAUCCUCAAGCGGCGGCUAAAUGUUUGACCAUGGAGGCAUUGGCUAGGAAGAGUAAAGAUGAUAUAUCAUGCAUUGUGAUCCGUUUUGGGUCUUGAAGAUAACUGCCUUUUUUUUUUUCUCAGUGGUUGCUGGUGCAGUCGGUCUGCAUAAUGGCUAAUUCUGUGGAUUGGGUGGUGAUAGAGGGACUCAUCGGUUCCAGGUGCUAGGUGCUAGAAGUAGAUUCUAUGUCCUCUUCCUGGUCAAUGUCUGAGGCCAACCUAUUUGCUCAUUUUAGUGCAAAUGUGUGUCGUGGCUACUGUGAAACGACCACCUAUAUGUUAUCAAAGGUUGCAAAAGUCCACCGUUUAUCCAUGACCUUCCCCCGAUGUAAGUGAUUAACUUGGGCUGAUUCUUCCUUGUACAGGCAAACCUUUUUUUUUUUUCUAAAAGAGAAGAUUUCUUGUCUACUAUGGCUUUAUAUAGAAGAUCUGUAUAUUUACAGAUAGAAUAUGGGAAAUAUUUAUAUCGUAUAUUUCCAUGCUUUUUGUCA